CGAUUCCAAUUAAUGUGACACUAUUUCCUUUUUAGUUAGUCUUAAAAAGAAUGACUAUAUUUUGUAUCAAUUUGAUUUUAAACUUCACAUUUCACUCUUAAUGAAAUGAUUUAUAACAACUGAAAUUUCUAAAGCUCGUUUGAGACUAUAAAUUUCAAAAGUCUUUCUUUUUCUCUUGAACGGGAUAGAGGGAGUGGUAUUUGUUGCCUCGGCUGGGAUUUGGACUUUAGAUCUUAUGGUUCUCUACCCACUUCAUUGAUCAAAACGCCGCAUCCUUGGGUGCUGACUUUUUUUUAUGUAUUUCCAUACUGGUUUCUUACUUCACAGGAUUUCUGGAUUUUAGAUGCACUCUACCCUUCUACUGGUACUAUUUCUUCGAUCUUUGAGCUGGAUUUUCCAACAUUUAUGCUUUUAUUCAGAAACAAAUGUUUCUUCUUUGACUAGAUAUCAUGCAUUAACUGAUCCAUCUGCCAUUAAAACUCUCACUCACUUCCACCCCCAAGUCUUAUUAUCGGCUGCUGUGCUGCUCAUAACUGAAUGGGUACUUCUUCAAGUCCAAAAGACUUUUCUGUUCUUUCUAGUCCACUUUCAUCUCCUAAUGUUGGUGCCCUGCUUAAGAUCAAGAUCAUUUCAUGGACUCAUGAAACUGGCUUGCCUGUCAUCGUUCGAGUUCGGAUAGCUGAUAGAACCUUUAACUUGCAUAAGCACCCGUUGUUCUCGAAGAGUGGAUACUUCAGAAGAGAACUGAAUGAAUCAAAUGAGGUUGAAUUACCAGGAAAUUUCCCUGGAGGAGCAGAGACUUUUGAAAUGAUGGCACUUUUCAUUUACGGAUCCUCCACGUUGGUUGACCCUUUCAAUGUCGCAGCACUAAGAUGUGCAGCAGAGUUCCUCGAAAUGACGGAAGAGUACUGCUGUGGCAAUCUUUGUGAGCGUUUCGACAUUUACUUGAACCAGGUAGUGCUCCAAAGCUGGGAUGAUACUCUGAUAGUCCUCCAAAAGUGCCAAAUGUUGCUUCCUUUGGCCGAGGAGCUGCUGAUUGUUAGCCGUUGCAUCGAGUCACUUGCCUUCAUGGCCUGCAUGGAAAUUCUCGACCCCGAAAGGCGAAGGGACCAUCCAGUUGUUACAUUGGAGGCCUUAGCUAGUCAGCCUUGGAGCAAUGAGACAGUGAAGGAAAUUCUCAACCAAGAUUUGUGGAUUAAAGAUCUUAUUGCUCUGCCAUUUCCGUUCUUCAAGAGGAUAAUAUCCUCUCUGAGAAGACAAGGGAUGAAAGAAAAAUAUGUCAGCCCCAUAGUGCUUUUCUAUGCAAACAAAUGGGUGCUUUCUAGAAAAACACACCAGUAUUGGCAGAAUGCAGACAAUGAUGCUGAUGCUGCUGUUGGUGAUGAUGAUGAUACUAAUGAAAAGGUUUCCAAGAUUCUUCAAGGAAUUCUUGACUUGCUGCCUAUGGGAGAGAAAGCUAGUAAAGUAAUCCCAGUUGGGUUUUACUUCUCUUUGCUUUCAAGAUCACUUCAACUUGGUUUAAGAAGUGAAAGUAGGGGAAAGCUGCAAGAUCAGAUUGCAUCCCUACUAUACUUGGCUCGAGUGGAAGAUUUUCUCCUCCCGAAAAGCAGCAACGACUCUGUUUCUUCAUGUAUUGAGCUAUCAAUAAUGAAGAGCAUAUUUUCAAAAUAUGUAUCCUUCAGUAUGGAGUUAACUCAUACACCUUCACCGAGAAAUUACAUUGUUGCUGAACUUUGGGAUGUCUAUCUAACCAAGAUAGCUACUGAUCCACAAUGGAGUUCUAAAAGAUUCCUGGAGCUCAUUGAAACUGUUCCAUUGUCCAGUAGGCAAACUCACGAUCAUCUCUAUAGAGCUUUAAGCACUUUUCUCAUGGCACAUCCAGAUAUGUCACAAGAAGAGAAAGGAAUGUUGUGCAAAUACCUCAAUUGUCAGAAACUUUCGCAAGAAGUGUGCAUUGAUGCAGUUCAAAAUGAAUUGAUGCCAUUGAGACUUAUUGUCCAGGCGCUGUUUGUUCAGCAACUAAACACACAGCAAGCUUUUAAAGAAUGUUCAGACUCCUUCCGGUAUGCUCAUUGUGGAGAGUACUCUGGAAGCCUCUCAAGUACAACAUAUCCAAACUCCAAAAGCCAGAAUUUGGUUGAGAGUCCAUAUAUGGAGGGAAGCGAAGGGUGCAGCAAACCGCUAAGCUUCUGGUUAAAAGAUUCAGCAGUGCAAAGGUCCGAAUUCUCAAGGAAGGAAUAUGAAUCCACAAGCUUCAGAAUCCAAAACCUUGAAGGAGAAUUGAUGUCCUUGAAAAAAUCGCUUCAACUGCAGCACACUUCUAAAAAAACAGAAAACAUCUCCAAGAAAGUUGAACCAGUUUCUGAAAAUUUUCACAGCUUGAAACCAUAUGGUCUAGAGGGAAGAACACCAAGCAAGAAGAGGAACACCAUUGGACAAGUAACAAGCUGCAUUGGUUCUGUGAAUCUUUCUUCCCAACGACGAUAUGCUACUAGGUUGCUGAAGGUCUUUCGGAGGAUAACUUUGUUUGGCAGAGGAAAAUCAAGAAAAAAGCAAGGUGGAAAUGGUCUCAGGCCAAAGACAUUGAAUUUUUAAACUACUCAUGUAAUUGCAUUAUUGAUGGACUGCAAAAUAUGAGACAGUAUAUUAUUUACCAAAUUUUGAUGUAUUAAAGUUCAUGUAAAUAGCAAGGGAAUCAAAAAAGAACAUGUCUGUGGAGUUGAUAUUAUUAUAAUGAAUCAUAAGCAGUUGUAAUUGGC